AUGAACAAAUUAAUCUUAUUAACGUUUGUGGUCCUGUGCGCGGUGAGCUAUUUGAGUUCAGUGGACGGAAGUCCGGCGCCGAAGCGAAAGCAUCAUCACCACCAUCACUCCUCGGAGGAGAAACAGGACAAAAGGCGAAGGGGCGGUGGCGGACACAGCAAAGGCAACAAGGGCAAACGCAAUGGUUCAUCUUCGGAGGAAAGCAAGGAGUCCCACGAGGAGAGACCCUGGCGAAGGAAGGGCCCAGGAAGGGAUCGUGGCAAUAAUCGUCGUAGGACGACAACGAGCACAACCACGACGACGACUACGACGACCGAAACUCCGCGUAGUACAUCGACGACACCCGCAAGUACUACGACGACAACAGCCAUGAGUUCUACUACGCCGAUGAGUUCUUCUACGACGCAAACUACGCCGUCUACUACAUCAAUGAGUACUAGUUCUAGUACUACGCCGUCAACAACAUCA